AUCGUGGAGGGGCGGCACUGGAGCUCAAGAUGCGCUAGUCGGCGCCUUAAGAGUAAAUUUCAGUACUUGUGUGUUGUAGUGUGCACUGAAGCCUCAACUCCUCGAACUUGAGGAGGAGCCCAUCUCUGUAGGAUCUAUCGAGCCCAUCGAGUCUCUAAAUCUCGGGUAAUAGAACUGAAAUGACGAAAGAGCGAGUUAUAAGAUACAACUACCGAUAAGCUCGGAAGGCGAAGAUGCGUUACGUUACUGAUUUGUUUUCUUUGAGCAGCGCCUCUGUGUGUAAAAUCCAAAUGCGCACCGCACACGCAACAGCAGCUGAAAUCCAGCUAAGGCGGUGCGGGGCAGAUUUACGAGAUCGCGUGAUCUGUUUUACACCUAAACCCCACCAACUUCUCCGAUCUGUGCAAGAUCUCACGGGAGGUGUGCAUUCUGUAAGACCUGUGUGCGUCUUUAUCCCCUUGGCUUUAUGACCAAGCUUGGAAUGACUUUUCAUUUGCGUAAAACCAGUUUUAUAGCCAGGCAACCCCUCCUCCCUCUCCCCAUCUCUUUUUGUUUAAGCCCACUCAAAUAUUCAUUAGACGAGCACUUAUUGAUCCGGCUUUAAAACCCAACUGAUUUCAACGUAACUCAUUCAGUCAGUUUUACAUUUUGGUAUUUUUUUAUUUACUGUACAUUUGCAUUAGCGUCAGCGUCCUGCAAAGUCUGUAGUUCGUAAGGAAGUACAGCCACUGUUGCGCGGAGGGAGGGAAGAUCUGUGCAGUCAAACAGAAGAAGCUGGAGAGGAAGAAAAGUAGGAAACCACCGCAGUCAAGCCCCGGAGUCUCAUUCAGCACCACUCGCUGGUGGACAGCGUCUGAGCGGCAGAGUUGACGGAGAAUCAGAAGAUCUUCUCAAACAUCUAAUCCGGAGAGAUACUUGCAGGCAUCAGAUUGUGUGUAGAGAGAGGGAGAGAAAAUCGCAUUUCUCUUUCCACUUCCCACCUCUCUUUCUGUUGUUUUCCCUAUCGUAAUCUGUGGGGGUUCACGAUGCAACAUCCAAACAGCGGGGGAGUCCAGAGCUGCUGACUGGAACUGGCUGGCAAAGACGCAGGAGGAAGAGGGGGAACCAAGCGGGAAAGGGGCACAGAACGCAGAACUUCUUUCUUCUCUACUUUCAGCUCACUUCAACCAAGAGGUGCUGAAAGGAGCCCAAAGUGGACGCCACUGUGACGUCCUAUCAGCUUGGCACACCAAGAGGAAAGCCAAACAUAAUUGUGUGCUCCGGGAAAAAAACCAGAGAAGAGAAGCAAGCUUCCCAUCUUUGUUCUUGCCUUAUGAGAGCAGUCUCUGCGGACUCCGCUUCAGCACACUCUGCACUGUUUAGUUGCUUGCGUGUAUCCUCCACUCUCAGGUGCAAGCACAGACUAAAACACAAAGAGGGAAGAAAAGGAAGUAGAUAAACAGAGCGAAGCGACAUAAUUAGAGCUACUGACUUUGUGUCAGAGCAAGAAACCAUGAGGCGAGACUUUUGAAGACAACUGCACCCUGAAAAGCAUUGCAGCUAACCUACAGGACAUUUUUAUGUGUGUGUGGGGUGUAUGUGUGAACGCCUCUGUCACUUUCAAAGGAAUUGAAUUUGUAUUUGAAUGCAGAUUUAGCCUUUCAUUAUGACUCUACAAGGAGGCUUUGAGACACUGCAGAACGGUUGCCACAGAAAGGUUCUCCGCUGGCUCUUGCUUCUGUGUUGUUGCCGUCUGAUCACCUCCGCAGCGAAGCCCAAAAUGCCAGGCCACACACACCUCAACUCAAUACGCAUCGACGGAGACAUAUCUCUGGGUGGACUUUUCCCUGUCCAUGCAAGAGGGAAUGACGGCAAAGCCUGCGGAGAGCUAAAGAAGGAGAAAGGGAUCCAUAGGCUGGAGGCCAUGUUGUUUGCCCUGGAUCGUAUUAAUAACGACAACGAGCUGCUGCCUAAUAUCACUCUGGGGGCCCGCAUCCUAGACACGUGCUCUCGGGACACCCAUGCUCUGGAACAGUCGCUGACAUUUGUCCAGGCAUUGAUUGAGAAGGACUCGACUGAUGUCAAGUGUCUCAGCGGAGGGCCACCCAUCAUCACUAAGCCCGAGAGAGUGGUUGGAGUGAUUGGUGCCUCCGCCAGCUCCGUGUCAAUCAUGGUAGCCAACAUUUUGCGGCUGUUUAAGAUCCCUCAAGUGAGUUAUGCUUCUACAGCCCCGGAACUGAGUGAUAACACACGCUACGACUUCUUCUCCCGUGUGGUGCCCCCAGACACCUACCAGGCUCAGGCUAUGGUUGACAUCGUCAAAGCCAUGCGCUGGAAUUAUGUCUCCACUGUAGCUUCAGAGGGAAACUAUGGAGAAAGUGGUGUUGACGCCUUUAUUCAAAAAUCCAGAGAGGAUGGCGGAUUGUGCAUAUCCCAGUCAGUGAAAAUCCCACGUGAACCAAGAGUUGGAGAGUUUGACAAGAUCAUUCACCGGCUAAGUGAGAACCCCAACGCUCGAGUGGUUAUUAUCUUUGCCAACGAGGACGACAUCAGGCGCCUACUUCAAGCAGCUAAAAGAGCCAAUCAAACGGGUCAUUUCAUCUGGGUAGGUUCCGACAGCUGGGGAUCCAAAAGUGCUCCUAUCCUGAACCAAGAGGAAAUGGCAGAAGGUGCCGUCACCAUCCUACCAAAACGACAGUCCAUUAAAGGUUUUGAUCGGUACUUCAUCAGCCGGACAUUAGAGAACAACAGACGGAAUAUCUGGUUUGCAGAGUUUUGGGAGAACAACUUCCAGUGCAAGCUUAGUCGACAUGCUGUGAAGAAAGGAUCUGGCAUCAAAAAGUGUACAAAUCACGAGCGGAUUGGAAAAGAUUCAUCCUACGAACAGGAGGGGAAGGUCCAGUUCGUUAUAGAUGCUGUAUAUGCCAUGGCUCAUGCUCUCCAUAAUAUGCACAAAGACCUCUGUCCUGGAAAAGUUGGCCUCUGCCCCAAAAUGGACACCAUCAAUGGCACGCUACUUCUCAAGUAUAUUCGCAAUGUCAACUUUACAGGAAUUGCUGGCACCCCUGUGGUCUUCAAUGUGAAUGGAGACGCUCCUGGUCGCUAUGAAAUCUACCAAUACCAGAUCAGCAGCAACAACACAGGAUACAAGAUCAUUGGGCACUGGACAGAUCAGCUCCACCUCAAUACUGAUGAGAUGCAAUGGCCAGGUGCAACUCAAGAAGUCCCGUCCUCCAUCUGCAGCCAGCCCUGCCGCCCUGGGCAGCGCAAGAAGACAGUGAAGGGGAUCCCAUGUUGUUGGCACUGCGAGAGUUGUGAUGGUUAUCAGUAUCAGGCAGACACUUACACCUGCAAGAUGUGCCGAUUUGAUUUGCGGCCCAAUGAGAACCACACCGGAUGCGUUCCUAUUCCCAUUGUCAAGCUGGAGUGGAGCUCUCCUUGGGCAGUCAUUCCUGUCCUGAUCGCAGUGCUGGGCAUCAUAGCCACUUUGCUAGUGGUUGCUACGUUCGUUCGCUACAAUGACACGCCCAUUGUGAAGGCAUCAGGUCGAGAACUGAGCUAUGUCCUGUUGACGGGCAUCUUUUUGUGUUAUGCCACGACUUUCCUCAUGAUCUCCACCCCGGAUGUCUUUGUAUGCUCACUGCGCAGGAUUUUUCUUGGGCUGGGGAUGAGUAUAAGCUAUGCAGCCCUGCUAACCAAGACAAAUCGGAUCUACAGGAUUUUUGAGCAGGGCAAGAUGUCUGUCAGUGCUCCUCGAUUCAUCUCUCCAGCCUCUCAGUUAGUCAUCACGUUCAGCUUGAUAUCGGUGCAGCUUCUCGGGGUGUGCAUCUGGUUCGGGGUCGAUCCUUCACAAGCCAUCAUCGACUACGAGGACCAGCGUACAGCCAAUCCUGAAAUGUCCAGAGGUGUACUAAAGUGUGACAUAUCAGAUCUGUCUCUUAUCUGUCUGCUGGGCUAUAGCAUGCUUCUGAUGGUCACCUGCACAGUUUAUGCAAUCAAAACGAGAGGAGUUCCCGAGACAUUCAACGAGGCCAAGCCCAUUGGCUUUACCAUGUACACCACCUGCAUUGUUUGGCUGGCCUUCAUCCCCAUCUUUUUUGGAACUUCACAGUCAACAGAAAAGAUGUAUAUCCAGACAACAACCCUGACAAUCUCUGUCAGCCUCAGUGCAUCAGUUUCCCUGGGAAUGCUCUACAUGCCCAAGGUCUAUGUGGUUCUCUUUCAUCCAGAGCAGAAUGUGCCCAAGCGCAAGCGCAGCCUGAAGGCCGUGGUCACUGCAGCCACCAUGUCGAACAAGUUCAACCCCAAAGGAGGCCUGAGGCCAAAUGGAGAGGCCAAGUCUGAACUCUGUGAAAGUCUGGAAACACAAGACUGUAUUGAGGGAGGGGAGCCUGGUGAGGGACUUUAGACUCCCAGUGCUUGCCUCAAAGCAGACAUACAUAAGUUACAGCAAUCAUGCCAUCUAAGACGGAGACAAAUCCUGAGAGAGGAGCAAAGGCCUGCAGGGGGAGGAAUCACCUGUUUUAAGGGAUCACUGGAAUUUUGAUGGAGAACUUUGAUGCUGCUGCUGCAAAACAAAGGACUGGGAAAGAAUCAUGGAAAUUACUCACUCAAAAAAGGAUGCCAUAUUUUUCUAGAGAAUAAGGCUCGAAUGCCAGAUUAAUAUUAAAUCAGUAUAUUGCAGAAAUGAGAUGGAAGACGUAAGAGAGCUUAAAUAGAGAGGGACUCUCCUUCUCCGGCUCUUUUUGAGACAUGAGAGAGCUGAUUAUUGACGUUUUUGAAUCGCGUUGAGAACAACACCUGGAGUUUGUAGUAUGUUUUUUUUUUUUUUUUUUUUUCUGGAGUGUAUAGCACAGAAAACAUCAGUUCUCUAUAAAGCUGAACCAUGUCAUUUUUGCAAAAUAAGAGUAUUCUGUUGUUUGUUUUUCCCUCAUUUUCUUUUUUUUUUUUUACUCAAACGCGGUUGACAAGAUGAACCAUUAUAGAAACGUAGUAUUUUCCGUUACAGUGGAGUUAAAAGCUGCAGUUCUCUUCAUACUGUACAUGCCUUACUACAGCACACUCAGUAUUCCUUCAUGAACUAACCACAUGUGAAAGACAUGAAAAUAAAGCAGUGGGGUCACAGUCCAGUUGUCUGGUAAAACGUUCAUAAUGACAAUGAUGACAUCGUCACAAUCAUCUUGGGAAACCUCCUGUACAGUCCCAGAGCAUGCUAAUGGGAACAUCCCGUGUACUGUGCUGUGUUUUCAGUGUCUUUGGAAUGCAACGUUGUCACAUUUGUCAUUCACGAUAAAGAUGUCAUUUUGAGCCGUUGCCUGCUCGGCAACCCUCUGCUGGACAAGAGAGAAAUCAUACACAAAAAGAGGCACAACUGCAUUGGAAUCUGAUUUUUUUUUUUUAAACAUCAGUUUCCACUCCAUACAUGUCAGCAGACUUGAUAAUGCAUAUUUUCAGCAUAAACAAAAUGGUCCUUAUUUAUCUUGCACUGACAGAACCUGUAGGAAAGACAAGGAAAGUUAUCUGAUUGUUCAGAUUUUACCUCAGCCAGCACUCAUUGUUUUUGACAGAACCGGGUUAUUAGGAUGGAGUCUAUUUCUCUUUGUGUUUCUUCCGAUGUUGAAGACGCAGUGCAGAAUUUUGCCCUGCGUUUAGAAAUAUUAAUUCACUCUUAUCUCAGUGAAGCAGAAAUAGUACAUUAUAGACAGCCAACAGUAUUUGCACCUAAAUGCAGGGUUUAACAAAACGGUUGGUUUGCUAUGAUAAGAAACCUCAACAUAUCAGUGUUUUGCACAUAUUUUAAAAUGUAAAUUUAACGAUGGGUAAUAAGCAGGAGACUGAAUACACAGGGCAGCAUUAAAUAGUUUGCAGUUUUUGUUUUGUCACAUAACAUUUUGCCGUAUUUCUUGUUUUUGAUGUCAUCUGUGAUCAGUGAGGUCUUCAUUAGCAUUUCUAGAGGCAAGUAUGGUUUACAUAAGCUAGAGUAAUUGAGAUCUUUCAUCCAGAAAAAUGAAAAUGUUAAACUAGACUAGUAAAGAAAUUGGUGUUGGACAAUUUUCCUUUCAGCUGACUCAGGUUGUUGGAACAGAAAACAAACUGGCUCAGCUUUUCAUAGCCUCGUUAUCUUAAACUAAAGAUGAACCAGAAUGAGGAAAACGUCCUUUCAUCAAGCACAAUCUCGAUGCUUGCAAAAGUUUACAUACGCAUAGAACUUUUCCAAAUGUUAUCAUGUUAUCAUGAAUUUUAUGUGAUAGUUUUAAACCAGCAGAAAAAAGUGCAUAUUUGUUAAAAUAAUAAAAAUUAAAUGUGAUUUUCCAAAGGCAUUGACUAUGAUAUAGUUGAUACUUUUUAGAACUGUGGGUCUUCUUCUGUCAUGUGUCGCCACCAGCUGUGCACAUCUUGUAUGUAAAGACACUGGUUAUUUUUGGCAAAAUGCAGAACUUCAAGUUUAGUUGUAUUUCAUGGAAAGUGUCUGUGAACAUAAAUAUUCAACUAUGAAGAAUCUCUGUCAAAGUUCCAAGUCUUUUGCAGAUUUUUUUUUUCUUCCAGGUUUUGUCUUGCAUUGAGCUCCAUCCUCCUUCCCCUUCGUUGAUCUGUGUAAGAAGGCAUCCCCAUAGCUUGAUGCUACAAUCGCUGUCUCACGGUGGAUAUCGUGAGAUAUAUAGAUCAUAAAGUUCACAUCUGUGUGCUAAAACAUAUUAACACGCAAGGGGAAUCAAUUUAAUAAUUGGAUCACUGGUGAUGACACUUGCUUCACAAUAUUCUAUUUAAGGAUGUCAGAAAAAAAGGCAGCUCAUUGUAAAUGUAAAAAAUUAAGUAAAGGAAAAAGGCGGAUUCCCCUAAUUAAAUGUUACUCUUAGUUACCAUCUGUGACCUACACUCAAACAGGGAUUCUUGUGAGAAUGUGAACAGCCAGGAGACAUAUGUGAUGAGCUUGGUGCCCUUUCAGUAUGAUCUGCUCUAACUAGACAGAGAGUGACUAUCUGGCUAUGCGAGUCUUAUCACUGACGUUUGUCACAGAAGGUCUGGAACCAGCAUUUCUGGCUCGGCAUUAUAACUCUUAAUUGGGAUGACCUAACCUUCAGCGUAGAGAAACCGUCCAUCUUUAUCUCUAGACCCUCCCAAAGAUCCGGCUGGGUGAAAAUACAACGAAUCUCCCAAAAGUCCAACCAACAACUGCAAGAGGAAAAGUGGAUACACUUUUGUUUCAGGUUAUACAAACAAUUAAAGAAAAAAGUCUCAAUUUCAUCUAACACUCGUCUGAAUUGAACUGAGCAAAUAGGUCUGAGCUUUUAUUUUGGAUAGUUACUGCAUGGACAACCGUCUUACAGUAACAAGUUGUUUCAUUCCAGCUGAUGUAAUGAGAAGCUUAUCAUUUCUAAAAACAACUAUGUGGAAAGACAUCCUGUGGAAAGUCUAUACGAUAUCUAAGCAAAUUACAGAAGCUAAUAAGAUUGGAUUGAGUGUUGUCUAACGCAUUAUACAAAAAAAUACUGGAGGGAUAGUUGGGAACCGUUGACUUUGACAAUGAAAUGUGGUCAGAAAAAAAAAAAAAAGAAUGUUUAAGUAAUUGGUGAUCACAAACACUUGGUAACAUCCAAUCGAAGAAGAAUAGUUGAACUCAGGGAAAUAGUAGUGAAAGUAAUAGCAUUUCCACAACCGUAAUGUGAAGGAAACCCAAGGAACAGAUCAAAUGCAGGGCAAUAAAAAAACCACUAGUGACUAACU